AUGCACGCCUUCUCUUCGCUCUUCCUCUUGGGCGCCUGUGCCGUCCAGGCGGUCCUUGGCCGUCCGGACAUUGCUGCCCGCGUCAAGCGGGAAGGCGACAUCAUCAAGCGGUCCGUUGACUCGUUCAUUGAUACCGAGACGCCCAUUGCCUGGAGGAAGCUCCUGUGCAACAUUGGGGCCAGCGGAUGCGCUGCCCAGGGAGCUGCUGCUGGCGUGGUUGUUGCGAGCCCGUCCAAGGCGAACCCGGACUACUGGUACACCUGGACCCGAGACGCUGCUCUGGUCUUCAAAGGCGUCGUUGAUGCUUUCGCUCAGAAUUACACAGCGGAGCUGCAGACCAACAUCCAAAACUAUGUUGCAGCCCAGGCCAAGCUCCAGGGAGUUUCGAAUCCCUCGGGCAGCCUCUCCAACGGACUUGGGCUAGGCGAGCCCAAGUUCAUGGUCGAUCUUAGCCAGUUCACAGGCGCCUGGGGUCGGCCCCAGAGAGACGGCCCGCCUCUCCGGGCCAUUGCUCUCAUCCGCUAUGCCAAAUGGCUCAUCAACAACGGAUACCAGUCCACCGCGUCCAGCCUUGUUUGGCCCGUCAUCAAAAACGAUCUUGCCUAUGCUGCUCAGUACUGGAAUGAGACUGGCUUCGAUCUCUGGGAGGAGGUCCAGGGCAGCUCGUUCUUUACCAUUGCUAGCACCCACCGCGCGUUGGUUGAAGGGGCUGCUCUUGCCGCCCAAUUGGGCACUUCCUGCAGAGCCUGUACCACCGUCGCCCCUCAUGUUCUCUGUUUCCAGCAGAGCUUCUGGCGGUCUGAAGGCUACAUUGUCUCCAACAUCAACGGCGGUGAAUACCGCAAUGGAAGGGACGCCAACUCAGUGCUAACCUCGAUCCACAACUUCGACCCCGCCGUUGGCUGCGACGCCAACACCUUCCAGCCAUGCAGCGACAGGGCCUUGUCCAACCACAAAGCCUACGUCGACUCGUUCCGCUCCAUCUACCGAAUAAACUCGGGCAUCCCCCAAGGACAGGCUGUCGCCGUAGGCCGCUACUCCGAAGACGUCUACUUCAACGGCAACCCCUGGUACCUCACCGUCUUCGCCGCCGCCGAGCAGCUCUACGAUGCGAUUUACGUCUGGAAGAAGGCCGACUCCAUAACCGUCACCCAGCUCUCUCUCCCCUUCUUCAGGGACCUCCUCCCCUCCAUCACGGCCGGUACCUACCCCUCCACUUCGGACACCUACACGUCCAUCAUCAACGCCGUAUCCACCUACGCAGAUGGCUUCAUGUCUGUCGCCGCCGCGCGCGUGGCCUCGGACGGCUCCAUGCCGGAGCAAUUCGACCGGAACACGGGCCAGCCGCUGGGCGCGUCGGACCUCACCUGGAACUACGCGGCGUUUCUGACCGCCGCGGCGCGGCGCGCGGGCGUGGUGCCGGCGGGGUGGAGCGCCGAGUCCGGGCGGACGUUGCCCAGCAGCUGCUCGCGGAUCGAGGUAGCCGGGUCGUACGCCUCGGCGACGGCGCCAUCGUUCCCGCCGGGCGGGGCGCAGACGCCGAACCCGUCGGCGGGGCCCGCGCCGUCGCCGUUCCCCACGGCGUGCGCCGACGCUGGUGAGGUUUACGUCACCUUUAACGCGCACACCACCACCCAGUGGGGGCAGACCAUCAAGCUGGUUGGCAACGUGCCUGAGUUGGGCGGAUGGAAUACAAACAAUGCUGUGGGCCUUUCUGCGUCUGGGUACGCGGCUAAUGAUCCCCUUUGGAGCAUCACGGUGCCGCUGCGGGCAGGCACGGCGGUGCAGUAUAAGUAUGUCAAUGUGCAGAGUGACGGGUCGGUCAGGUGGGAGUCGGAUCCGAAUAGGAGCUUUACGGUGCCCAGUGCCGGCGCGGUGGGUGCGUGCGCGACGGCGGUAAGGGAUGAUUCGUGGCGGUGA